CCUCUGUGUUUCUAAUGUGAUGCAGUUAGAUUUGACAUUUCAUAGCGUCGUAGCUGCUAUCGACUAAACACGUUGAUAAGAUAUAAACAGAGCGUUUGGGUUAUUAUUUUUAAACUUUUGAACGUUUUGUCUUAAAAUAUAACUAGGACAGGUCUCAAAGGAACAUUAAAACAUUUGCGUCCGCUUAUAUCAUUGUGUUAUUAGCCAGUGGAGGCUAUAAUAGUAACAGGCUAAUGACACUUGGCUAACGUGCUAGCACUGAGCGUGCCCCCUAUCGAGCAUCUUUUCGGAACAGAUAAUUGCGUCAAGAGGCAUGUCGUUUUUAUCGUGAGAUAAGUUGGAGGUAGACAUGGUGACGUAUGUAAGCAGAGCUAAAUAAGUACCGUAAACACUCGUUAUAAACGACUAUCGGAGCGUCGAGAGAUGAACGCUCAGCUCGGGAGGAGCGGGCUCGUGGGGCUUGCUGUCGCAGCUACAGCCGGCUGUGGCUUGAUCGCCUUCAUCAUCUACAAGGAGAUCAGCAGGAGAAGAACCCAGAGACUGGUGCUGGAAGCCAGGCCGCUGUUAGACGGGGCGGGGGAAGCCGUGCUGUUGGGGACGCUUGAUGCGCAGGAGGCGGAGGCCCAGCAGCAGGCUCUGGCUGCAAUGGAGGCCGCUGUGCAGGGCCUGUCCCCGGAGCAGCAGCUGGAGGUGAGGAACCAGCUGGACCAGGUGCUGAACUGCGUGGCCUCACUGCGCACAGAGGUGGCCGAGCUGAGGGGGGGUCUGCAGGACAUCGCCUUGCAGAUCAUCCAGGACGUCAAGAAAGGAGUGGAGGAUAGUCAGCGGGUGCGUCGACGCCGCCAUUUGGUCCACAGGGAGCGCACCGAGUCCACCGGCUCCAGCUCCAUCUACUUCACUGCCAGCCAGGGCAUGGCCAGUGCAUACGAGACCAGCGAAGGAGGGUACUCGACGGCCUACGCUGAGUCGGACUACACAGACAGAGACACAGACCGGGAGGGGGGGCAGGAGCCAGAGCAGGAGUCUGAGGAAGACGAGGACCGGAGCUGCGCUACUGUCCUCACCCUCCGGCAGGAACACUCCCAGGAAGAGGAAGCGGAGCAGCGAGGGCUGGAGGAGGAGGACGAAGAAGAAUACGAGGAGGGGAGGCUGCAGCAGUUGACUGAAGUCCCCAGCGGGGAGCUGGCUCUCCUCCUGGCUCAGAGCGACAUCCUCCACACGGGGGACGCCCGUCUGAAGCAGGAGGGCUUUCGUCUGCUGCUGGACAACAGAGCACAGUACGGAGAUAGCAGGGAGUUUCUAUGGCGACUGGCUCGGGCCUACAGUGAUAUGUACGAGUCAACUGAGGACAAACAAGAGAAGAAGACCUACGCUCACCAAGGUCGAGAGGAGGCGGAGCUUGCCCUGAAGAAGAACGGCCUGAAUGCCGAGUGCCACAAACAGUUUGCGGUGCUGACAGGACUCCCCUCCCACCAUGAGAGCAUGCACAGCAAACUGAAGAGCAGCCACAUAUUAAAGGAGCAUCUGGACCGUGCCCUGGCACUCAGAGAUGAUGACCCCAUGUGUUUCUACCUGCUGGGCAGAUGGUGCUAUGAGGUAGCCACUCUGGACUGGCUGGAGAAAAAAGCGGCCGCUGCCCUCUACCAGACCCCCCCCACAUCCACACUGCAUGACGCGCUUGAGAACUUCCUGAAGGCAGAGGAGCUCAGUCCGGGUUUCUCCAAGACCGUCAGACUCUACAUCGCAAAGUGUCACAAGGAGCUGGGAAACAUCUCUGAGGCCACAAACUGGACCGAGCUGGCUCUCAAGAUGACCACAAAGUCUGCCGAUGAUGAAACGUCUGAACUGGAGACUGAGCUUCAAAUUUUAACGGACAGUAAAAUCUGAAAAGCGAAAUCUCUGCAGAGCUUCAGCGGGCGGAGCCACUCUGCCGAUGGCACUGAUUGGCUAGUCAGGCCGCCAAUCAGUGGUCAUCCAAUCAGAUGUGCCGCACCAUGGCACGUUUCUUUCUCUUCUUGGUGGAUAUCUUUGUCACUCUGUCACUGUGAAAUGGAGUUUACUAAUGCAUAUUUAUUUUCUUUAAUAUGGCAUAAUUGAAUCAAAAUGACUACAAAUAAUAUAUAUCGUAAUGUUUAUGGUAUCUUUAAUGUUUUUUAACCAUUCGUUUGCCUUUUUAACUCAUAAUCACAGUUUAAACACAAGUAGGUUUUGAUUUUUAGCAUAAUAUUCAUCAUUUAUCUUAAGGAUCAGUACUCAGAAUAUAUUUAGUCACUUCCCACGCAGCUGCUGGUGCACUUGGAUCAGGGAUGUUUUAGAGCUUUAUGGGGAAAGGGACUUUGGUAACCAAAAUAAUAAAUGCAUCCAAUUAUUUUUGCCUUCAUGGAUUAUUUAAAAAAGAAUAGGGUACACGCUUAUUUCCCUCAUGGUUCUGCUAGGUUGACAGAUGUUUGUUUUGUGGAGAUGACGGACACUCAUUUGUAGCUAUAGUAACGCUGUAGUGUUGAUCGUCAGUCUUAAGCUUUUGUUUUUGAGUUAGUAAAUAGAGGUAGUAUAAGAAACUGUGUUGGACCAGAUGCAGCCCCUUAUGACACUGCAUGCCGUGUUCUGAUUGGUUGUGACUGAUAAGUAUUCCAAUAUUUUUGUACCUUUUGAGUUUAUUUGCUGCCUUUGAUCUCUGUGUUUUUAUUCCCGUUUCUUUCUGAAGUUGAAGUGAAGCUGGAUGUUGGCAGGUUUAUUACUUUGUGAUGUAACAUCAUUUUAAUGGCACUUUUUGUUGAGGUUAAUUUUGCAAUUGCUGCUGUGAAAACAAUAGACGUUAUAUUUCCUUAACAUUCUGAUCCCGUAACAAGAAAGUGGAUAUGCACUAAAGCGAGAUUAAACUGAAUAAAAUAGUUUUUGUAUUCA